AUGAGAAAGAGAGGACCGCGGCUGGCCGAGGCCCGGCGCGCGGCCCGCCUCCGCGGCUGCGGUGCUCGGCGUGGCAGCGGAGCGGUGACAGACUGGACGCGCGCGAGGAAGGCGCCUCCGGCCGCGGGGUCCAGGCGCACAGUGCGCAAUUACGAGUUGGAGGAGUCCGACACGUUGGAGGAGUCCGAUGAGCUCGCGCGCGACGAGGCGAUGAGCGACGGCGAGACGUCGUUUGAUUGGCUGCUGUGCUGGCUCGCGCCAUUUCAGUUGGGCGUACCCGGCGAGCUGUGUCGCAACGAUGGUCGGGCUUACCUGCGCGCGCUGCUGAGUCGGGCGCCAGCUGGCUGGGCGCUGCGCAUGGCCGACGCCUCAGGAAAGCUGCCGGACGGCGUGCUGUUCGGCAGCCUGAACCUGCUCAGCGCCUGGGACGAGUGUCUGGCUGUGCAGGCGGCGCUGAACGCCUCGCGUGGCCCGCAGUCGUCCGCGCGCGGCUUCUCUGGCCGGCUCUGCGCGGCCGCGGUUGUGCCGGAUGCCAGCAGCGCUGGGCUGCGCGCCGUUGUCGGCGAGUGUCAAGCCCGCGACGACGCGCCGGUGCUCGACGGCGGCGACUGGGCAGCCGUCGCCUUUCUGACGCUGACGGGACUUGUAGUGCUCGGCUGCACGGUGGUCAAUGUGGCUGCUACGCACGAGGAGCGCGCCCGGGCACUGCUCGUGUACAGAGGCGCGCCGUUGCCACCCGGCUGGCGGACGGUGUGCGUACGCGCGUUCUCGCUGUAUCGCAACGUGCGACGUCUGCUGAGCGUGCAGACGGCGCCGGACAACAUCGGCUGCCUACACGGCCUGCGCUUCAUCUCCAUGACCUGGGUCAUCCUCGGUCACACGUACAUCGUCGACUUCCUGCUGCUACCGCUGAGUAACAUGGGUGUGCUGCCGGAGGUCACUCGGCCGCUGCCGUUCCAGGCCAUCAUGAACGCGCCCCCUGCCGUCGACAUGUUUCUGCUGCUCAGCGGCGCAAUGUUCUCCUACUCACUGAUGAACGCGCAGCGCGCUGGCCGCCGGAUCGGCGUGCGCGAGGUGCUCAGCACGUACCUGCACCGGUAUCUGCGCCUGACGCCGCUGUACGCGGUGGUGGUGUGGCUGACGGCCACGCUGCGGCGCCACAUCGGCCGCGGCUCCUUCACCGCGCUCUUUUUCGGAAUGUUCGGCGUCACCGGGUGCCGGCGCUACUGGCGGUGCAACCCGCUCUACAUCAACAACCUGUACCCCAACGGCGAGACGGUGUGUAUCGACCAGGCCUGGUACGUGGGGCUUGACUUUCAGAUGUUCGUGGUGGCACCGCUACUAGUUCUGCCAUUUCUGUGGAACCGGCAUGCCGGCGCUGCCUGGCUGACGCUCUGGGGUGUCGUAUCCGCAAUCAUUCCCGGCGUCAUCACGUACGUCAAGCAUCUGCCGCCCACGCUGCUCAACCUCAACGUGCACGCCAACGACCGGCAGACGCAACGCGACUUCACACUGCUCGUGUACAACGCGCCGUGGUCGCCCGCCUCGCCGUACAUCAUCGGGCUGGGCCUGGGCCUCCUGCUGGACGGGGCGCGCACUGGCCGCUUGCGCCGGCGCCUGAGCACGCCGCUCAACCUGCUGCUGUGGGUGCUGGCCGCGGCCGUUGCACUGCUGGUCGUGUAUGGCAUGCACGCCUACAACAGAGAGCCGAGCCGGGCCUGGAUGCCGGCCGUGGCCGUGGCGUACGCGGCGCUGCAUCGGCCAGCAUGGGCGCUGGCCUGCGGCUGGGUCGUGCUCGCCUGCGCCACGGGCCACGGCGGCCCGGUCAACAGCCUGCUCUCACAGCCCUCCUGGGCGCCGCUCGGCCGACUCACAUCCGGCGCAUAUUUGACCUCCAUGCAGCUGCAGGUGUCGUUCGCCACCCAGGCGCGCGUACCGUUCGCCUUCACGCACACGCUGUUCGUGUUUUGGUUCCUGGCCCAUCUGGUGGUGAACGUGGCGCUGGCCGCCUGUGCUGGAGAGUUUAAGGCCACCACCCUGCACAAAGAUCAGACCCACUCAUUCAAAGUGAUGGUCGUGAAGGGCCAAAUGGCCAACAACCUCCUGGCCUGA